AUGCAGCUACACGUGCAAGCCACAAAUACAAAACCACUUGAUAAUAUAGUGCCAUCCACAAGUUCACAACAAUCUGACGAAGCCCAGCCUCCCACCUGUGCAGAAAUAAUUAAAGAAAUUCUUCCAUCACCUUUAAAGUCACCAAUUGCUUCUAAAAGAAUUCGUAAAGUUUCAAAACUGGCCUUGCAUUUAACAUCACCUCAGAAUAAGACUACUCUUCUCGAAAAAGAAGCAAAGAAGAAAUUUAAGGUAGACAAUAAAACCAAGGAAAAUAAGGAAAAGGCUGUGGGCAAAGAAAAUACUAUGAAGAAAAUGAAGAAUAAAGCAAAGCUUGCGAUAAAAAUUAAGAGUUCAUCUCCAAAACAUAGAGAGUGGCACUGCAUUUACUGUUCCAAAAUAUUCGUUCAUCCACCAUCAGAGGAUUGGAUUCAGUGCAAUGCCUGCGAAGAAUGGUGCCACGAAAAAUGUGCUGAUAUGGGGGAGGAAAAAGGACCAUAUAUAUGUGAAUUAUGUGCCGAUAAUUAA